AUAACAGAUGCCCUACUCGACGAAAAUGACCUUGAACUGGAGAUUACAUGCUCUAUAAGUGCAAUUCCGCCAUCCAAAGCAAGCUUUUCUACGCCGCUUUCCAUGCCAUGCCAUCUAAAUGUGACCCUAUUUGGGCCUCUAUGUCUUUUUGAAGAAGUAGGAAGCUUUUUUGAGGAUCACAAUCUCUAUCUUCAAGACCCAGUCAACUGUUCAAGGAACGCGUUAUACCGAAAUCCGCACAAACUAUCUGCUGGCUCUGGCCUGGACCAAUGGACAUACGAUUUAGACAGAGAACAUGCAAACUCUGCAAUUAUCGAAAGCACACAACCGCGUCCCGAGUUGCUUAAUGCACUAAAUUCUCAGGAAGAUCUAGUCGAAGCAACACAGCCCGGUUCCAUUCGAUCAAUCAUGAAAGGGCACCAGCUACAAGCAUUAACCUUCAUGCUUCAACGAGAGCAAGGUUGGGCUUGGGAUGGCAGUAGAGCAGACAUAUGGGAAUUCUUUGCUGAGAGUACUGGUUCUUACUUUGUUAACAGGGUCUCUGAUGAAGCUCAAGCAGAGUCACCGCAGCAAUUUUAUGGUGGGAUCAUCGCAGACCCCAUGGGUUUAGGCAAGACAUUAUCCAUGAUUUCUUUGAUAGCAUCCGAUCUACUCGUGGAUAGGAACGAUCCGAACUCAAUUACUGGCGCUAAUGCUGAAGAAUCAUCUGGUCGUACAUUGAUCGUCGUACCGCCUCCUCGUGAUAUCCCCUGGCGCCGGCAUCACGGGAAAUCUCGUGUCGCAAAUGAUUCUGAUCUUGAAGAAUCUUUGGUAGUAUUGACAACUUAUCACACUAUAUCCUCAGAAUGGAAGGACAACUCAGAUCAACAACCGUCCUUCUUGUUCAAUACACGAUGGAGGCGAAUCAUCUUAGAUGAAGCUCACUUCAUCCGAAAUACCGUUUCUCGAAUGGCUCGUGCCAUAUGCUCGAUAAACUCAGUGUCUCGGUGGGCUGUAACUGGCACGCCUAUACAAAACAGACUCGGUGAUCUCACUGCACUCCUCAAAUUCCUUCAGGUAUAUCCCUACGCAGAAGAACAUAAAUUCAACGCAGACAUCUCUCAUCUAUGGAAAAUCGGCAAAAUCGAUGAGGCGGUGAAGCGUCUAAAGCGGCUUGCUGGUUGCAUCCUUUUACGCCGCCCAAAGACUGUCAUCCAGUUACCACCACGGCACGACUUCCAACAAUUUGUGGAACUGGCUCCAUCUGAAAGGGAUUUAUACCAGUCAUUUAAAAUGCAUACCAUAUCUCAAAUUGAAUUUGCUCUAUCUGCAGAUGGUAAACUUAGUGGAACACACUCAUAUGCCAACAUGCUACAGAGAAUCGAAGCAAUGCGCAUGAUCUGUAACCUUGGUUUGUAUUACAAGGUGCGGUAUGAUCUCGAGACGUACAAUGAGAAGACAUUCCAAAACUGGACGGAAGCUGCGCAGAAGAUGUUCAAUAUACGCCGUGGGAUUAGCAGCAUCCAGUGUCGCCUAUGCUAUUGCCAGCCUGAUUCAACGGAGAAUGUUUUUUACGAAUCUGGGCCGCCUGCAUUAUCUACGUUCUCUCAAUGUCUGGAAUUUGUUUGUUCUACCUGUGUAUCAGCUUUCUUAUAUCCAAUGGUGUUGAAAUCCUGUUCUCAUGAGACUUUCUGCCCUUUCGCCACCAUAUCAACAGAUAUCUUCGAGACGGACGAUCUGCCUAACCUCACAAUUAACCAGUUGUCUCAUGGGCUUCCAACGAAGAUAUCCAUGCUAAUCAGUGACCUGCAAAGUCAGCCUCAUGAUGUUAAAUGUCUUACAUUGACAGAGGCCUCCAGAGCCUACCUCAUGGAGCCGCAUUGGAAUCCAACGCUUGAAGACCAGGCGCUAGCUCGAAUUCACCGUAUCGGACAAACGAAAGAAGUAACCACGAUUCGGUUCAUUGUACGAGAUUCAUUUGAGGAAAGGGUUGUAGAACUACAAAAAUCCAAGACAGAUCUGGCCGAGGUUAUACAUCGUCAAAAUGAGAGCAACCAACAAGAU